AAACAAACAAACUACAAGCAAAAGUCUAACAAACCAAAGGCAUAUCCUACUUCUCUCUUUUCUUUCUUUAUUUUUUUCUGUUGAUGCAGCUAGCAAAACAAGUAUUCGGUGCUUCAAGAGUUGCAGCCACUUCAAGCACUGGAAAAUUGGAGUUGUUGAAGAGCUUGGGUGCUGAUUUGGCUAUUGAUUACACUAAGGAGAACUUCGAAGAUUUGCCAGAAAAGUUUGAUGUUGUCUAUGAUGCUAUUGGGCAGUGUGAGAGGGCAGUGAAGGUAGUGAAAGAAGGGGGCAGCGUUGUGGCCCUAACCGGUGCUGUCACACCUCCUGGCUUCAGAUUUGUAGUCACUUCCAAUGGAGCUGUUCUGAGGAAACUGAACCCAUAUUUAGAGAGUGGAAAGGUGAAGGCGGUUAUUGACCCCAAGGGGCCAUUCCCAUUCCCCCAGCUUGUCGAGGCUUUCUCAUAUAUUGAGACAAACAGAGCAACUGGAAAGGUAGUCAUACAUCCAAUUCCGUGAGAAUAAUGGAAAACUAGUCAAUUACUCAAUUUUGCAUUGUAUUAAAUACUCCUCUCUGUAUUAGAAUGACAGAGUGAGAUUAUCAAGAUCAGCUGUGUUGAGUGCUCUUAAUCUUAUGUUGUUCUUGCUGUCCAUGGAUGAAAAGAAUCCUAGUUAUUUUGAAA